AUGUUGACAGAUAGUGUAAGAAACGAUUACCAACAAGAGCAUGAUGAUUUAUAUUCGUCUCAACCAAGAACACAUUCUAAACGUACAGCAUGUCGUCAUGGCGAUAGUUGCUAUAGUGUUGACUGUCCAUACAGACAUUCGUCAGAAUGGCGUGCAUGCAAGAAAGGUGCACAAUGUAAAGAUUAUGCUUGUUCAGCUAGUCAUCCACGAAACCGUAAAGCCAAAUGUAGGCAUGGUAGUGAAUGUUGGACGAUGGAUUGUUCCUAUUUACAUCCGAAUAAGAACAAAUCUAAGCCUUCUUCCUACGACGAUGGUCAAAGUGCCAGGCGUUGUUCCGAUAAUUCAUCUGAUCGAAUGGAAAAAUUUGAUGAAAAUUCGUCACAUUUUCAAUCGAACGAAGAUGAUUUUGUCAAGGAUCAAUACACUUAUACGAAUAGACACGAUUCUCAACGAAAGCAUCCCUUUAAGUCAAUCACUACUCGAAUGGCUGAACGCGAAAGAGCUCAACCAUCAAUUUUAGCAUCAAGAAAUAAAUUUUGUGAAAGACUUCAACGAGAAAAAAUACUUGUUGUUACGGUUGAGACAGGCUGUGAUGCGACUACUCAAUUGCCACAAUAUGCAGCUGAAUGUUUUCCUGAUGAUUUGGUUGUCUGUACUCAACAACAUCCAAUCGUAGCCAUAACAUUAGCUCGUCAAGUUGCUGACGAAUAUGACGGUACGUCAGAAGGUAAUUCUGUUGGCUAUCAAAUUGGAAAUGAUAGUCAUCAAAAGAGUGAGUGCGUGACUGGCAAGAAUAUUAUGUAUAUGACAGAUGCAGUACUCAUCCAUGAAUUUCAAAUGGAUUCAAAUUUAAGUCAAAUACGUGUCUUGAUCAUCAACAACGCUCAUGAACGUUUACUUAACAUAGAUAUUGUCAUGGGCAUUGCCAAAUUAUUGUUAGCCAAACGAAGAACGAACUUUUAUGUUGUUGUGAUCACUUCGGCCACCAUUGAUCCUAUGCCAUUUUUAAAUUUUUUUGAUCAUUUAUCGAAUCGACCGUUAGAUAUUAAAAGUCACAAACAUUCAGUAACUGUUAAAAAUCUACCACCACCUAUGGAUUGUCCAGAUUAUAAGUUUAUCGAACUACAUCUUAUACCGACUUUAUACAAUCUAUAUCCCAAAUAUAGCGGACAUACACUCGUAUUCUUACCUAGUCAACGUGAUAUUGAAAAAGCACUUCAAAUAUUCAAUCGAAAUAUUCCAAAUCAAUGUGUAGUAUUACCUUUUUAUGCAUCAUUACCAAUUGAAGAACAAAACAAAAUACUUCAAUUUGAUGAACAACAAUCAAAUCAACGAAUGAUUAUUUUUUGUACAAAUAUUCUUGAAACAUCAUAUACAAUCAAAAAUGUUCAACUUGUCAUUGAUACUGGUCUUAUCCGACAGCUACAUUUUGAUAUUCAACAUCAUUUAAACAUUUUUGAAACAGUACGUAUUUCACAAUUUUCGGCUAUGCAACGCAGAGAUCGAGCAAGUCAGAUGAAAAAUGGUCAUUGUGUUCGUCUUUAUAACGAUAAUGAAUUACAAGAAGAAAAUAUCGUACCUGAAAUUCUUCAUUCUUCACUUGAUCUAGUAAUUCUUCAAUUAAAAUGUUUACAUCUUGACAUACAAACAUUUCCUUUAAUGACUAAACCAGAUUCAUCAUCAAUACGUAGUUCACUUGAUCUUCUUACCACUUUGAUAUGCAUUGAUAAGGAUACAAAAAUAACAAAACGUGGUGAACUCUGUGCUGAGCUAUCACUUCAUCCACGUUUCAGUGCAUUCAUGAUCAAUAUUUACACAGAAUACAAAGACAACCAACAAUUACUUUCAAUUGUGGCUACUAUCGUGGCCAUUUUGUCAACACCCGGUUCUCUCUUUUUAAUCACUGACACUAUCGAUGAUUUGAACGACAACAUUCGCAAUAGGACAAUGUCUAGUGCAGAAGAAUAUAAUAGUGAUUUAUUAAAUCUAUGCACAGUGUUCAAUGAUUGGAAAAAAAAAGGUACCAUUGAUCUGAUGACUCAUAAAUGUAUUGAUUGUAAGAAAUCAUCUCAACAUGAAUCCGAUGCAUGUCAGUCAUGUCGUACAAAGUACUCGUUCAUGAAUGGACUUAACAAUCAAAUUCUUGAAUUGAUCGAAAGUUCGAUAAAGUUUUAUAUUAAUACUAUAACUGAUUCUCGUUGGAAGUUAACACCAGGUACUAAACGUGCCGAUAAACGAUUAAGUAAUGGAGAUAUCAUUGGAGAACAUCUUCAAAAAUUGUUUCCUGAUCAAAUUGGACAUCUUCUUGUGCCACAUUUGCCAGAUGAAGGGGCUCGUCUUAUUACAAAUGAUCUGCGUGCAAGUAUUGCCAAUAGUAGCACAUACGUUCAACGAGCACAUGAUUAUAAACGACAAUAUUUCGUAGCUAUGUUCAUUACACGAUCACUUUCAGGAAAGUAUAUUGUUGAUCGUCUUCAUCAAAUAUCUGCACAUAAACUUCCAAAAUCACCUAUAAAACAACUAGUUGUUCGAGAAAAUAUUGGAUGGUCUAUUAACAAAGAAAUACGAACUCUAUUCAAUAGUAUUCGUACUGAAUCAUGGGCAAAAUGGCUCGUAUAUGAGUAUAAUCAAUCAUCAUGCCAGUUAACGAUUUGGGGUCUUAAAACAGAACAUUCUCGUAUAGAAUCAAUAUUAAAAUCAGUUCUAACAAAGACUCAUUCGAAAACAAUUGAAUGUGGUUCAAUACGAGCAACAUUUGAAAAUGGUUUAAUUUGUUCUACAAUUGAAUUAAUGGAAAAUGCUCUUCGACUUAAUCUUCAACGAGUACCAUGUAAAAGUUAUGAAAAAUUACAACAAUGGCUUAAAGUUAAACUGGAUAUUAAUCGACAUGAUAUAAAAGAGAAUAAUUUUCAAGAAUGUAAAUCAAGUGGAAGCGAUGAUGACGAUGAUGAUGGUUAUGAAGCACCACCUUUUUACAUUUUACUAAAAUCAACUGAAGCUUUUCAAAGAGCAACAGCACGUUUACCAUUAUAUCAUGUUUGUCCUCAAGAAAUGUUAUCAUCAUCUACAACUGGUACACACAUGAACGAGAAAGAUGCAUGGGGUCGUCAUUUAGUAUUAACAAUUCCACAAGAUAGUAAAUUCAUGACUGCUAAACAAAUACUGAAUCAACUUACUCCACAUGUCGUCGAUUGUCGACGUUUCGGUAAGAGAAGUACGAAAGCUCAACCUGCUAUUCAACUAAUCAAUAUGCCAAGAGAUGCCAAUGAAUCAUUCAUACGUCAAAUUUUACAAUCAGUUAAUCCGUUAAAAAUUAGUGUAAGACAAACACAUCAAGAUGGUACAGGUUCAUCAUCGGCACAUAUAUUUUUUGCUGAUAAACAAGAACGUCAACAAGCUAUUACAAUUCUUCAAUCAGAUUUUUGUCAAAAACCAAUUCAAAUCACUGUUCGACAUCGAACAAGUCAUCAACUUGUAAAAAAGCAAAUUGUACCAACUGUUACUGAAUUGGAAGGAAAAGCUCCAAUACAAAAUACAUUUCUUCUUACAGCAAUUAAUCGUGAAUCAGCACUUCAAAUAUACAAAGACAUUGUACCAAAAAUGGACGCAUCAUGGAAAAUUGAUGGUUCAGCAACAGUAACCGUAACACAUCCUCAUUUAUAUCCUGAUUUUGAUACACUUAUUCAACAAAUAGCUAAUAAAUUUGAAAUUCAAGUUGAACAACAACCAAUCGAUCAAAAACAACAGAAAGGUCGUAGUAAUGGUGGUAUUCGUUGUUAUUUUAAUCACGGUACUCCACAAAAAACGGCAUUAGCAGCAGCUAUGCUUGCACAAGCCACAUCUCCAAUUAUCAUCAAAAUGAUCAAUCAUCGACAAAAGCAAUUGUUCGAUGAACUUUUCUCAACUGGUAUCAUUCAAGAUUGGUCGAAUAAAUUAAAACUUGAAACCAUUAAAAAAGAAAAAUAUGUUACAUGGAUCGAAAUUCGAGGUCCUCAAGUUCAACAAGGUCAAUUGAUGCGUCAAAUUGCCGAUUAUUCUGAUACAUUUGAUGAACGAUUUCGUGUACUUGAAUUAAAUUCAACGACGGCGAACUUUUUUGGACGCAAAAAAUUAGCCGAUAGUCAACUUCAGACACUUGCUGAUACAUGGAUAAAUUGGGGUUGUCAUGUUACUUAUAUGUCGAAAACAAAGUCGAUUGUCAUCUAUGCAGAACCUUCAACACAACAAAAGUUCAUUAAUUCAUGUGAAACAGAGAUCAAACAAAUUUUGAGCAAACUUUCAGUCGAUGGUAAUAUUAUUCGCGAUAAAAAGAAAUGUGUAUUUUGUGGUAAAACGUCCUAUUCAACAAAUACAUUACGUGCAUGUGGUCAUGCCUAUUGUCGAUGCGCUUCAACUUUUUUGCUACAAACAUUUCCAUUAAAAUGUAAAGAAUCGAAAUGUAAGAUGAAUAUCGAUAUGGAUGAUCUAUUCGAAAUCUUUCAAGACCGAGAAGAACUUAUGAGUGCAUGUAAAAAAUCAAUUCAAAUCUAUUUAAAAAAAAAUUCUAGUCUCAAUGAUCAAGUAUUUUGCCCUAAUGCAACAUGUAUCGGUCUAAUUACACGCAAUUGUGGCUAUCAAACUUGUCUAACAUGUGGACGAGAUGUUUGUCCUUCUUGUUCUUUAAUUGACGAUGAAUUACAUCAAGGAAGAACAUGUGAUGAACGAAAUAUGGUUCAUAAGAUGGGCGAUUUUCUUCCCAAUCUAUUUAAGGCAGCUGAAAAAUUUGCACGUGACAAUUGGACAACACAGACACCACCUAUCAUUCGAAUUGAUUAUAAUAUGUCCUUAGCUGAUCAGUGUCCAUCGUUGAAGCGUUUCUAUAAAGGUGUUGAAACUCUUGGCCAACCUUUACCACCAGAUAUGGCAAGAGGUUUCUUUACAUUUCAUGGUACAGCUCCAACGUCUAUUAAACCAAUUUGUGUUAAUGGAUUUGAUCCAAGUCGUCGUGCCGGGCAAGCUUGUGGUGUAGGUGAAUAUUUUGGUGUGACUGCAGCUGUUUCACAUGGUUAUUCUUGUCGGGGAAGUGCACAAGGACCUUUUAGCAUGAUAAUUGCUUUUCUUCUCAAUUGUCCUCAACUAAGUACUCGUCCGGGCUUUUGUCAUGUAAUGAAUAAUCCACGUGAUUGGUCACACGCAUUCAAUUUACCAGUUGUAGUAGUAUCUUAUGGUAUUCAAACUACUUGUCCAUCACCAUUAGAUAACUAG